AUGGUUCAUGUUUUCGUCAAGCGUUUUAACCGCAAGUUACAGGCUUUCAUGAACUCGUGUAUUGGGACAUUCAUCGUGUUUUUUAUACUAUUGUUGGUGACACUGUACUUGGAAUGUGAUCGUAUAGAUAAAGCCAGAGUUAUCCAUGAACAAUAUCUCGACUACUGCAAGAUGCAUGCGACGUGCGGCCAAGAGCAUGAUUUAAUGAUGCCGACUGCAGAGAAACCCACGUCGUUUAUGUCAUUUGUAGUAUGGUUGUUUCGCCUUGAAAACACUGACGUGAGUAGAGGCAGACCGACAAUGUGGUGGAGCAUUUUUCCAUUAACUUCGGCACUCCAGCUGGAAACCGUUUAUGCUUUCCAUCAAAGCGCAGUGAAAAGAUUAGAGUAUGUGAGGAUUGAUGCCGACUACGAUAAUGGAUACGCGGGGAGAAUAUUGCCUCCUGCACGUCCACUGAAAUGUUGUAAGAAUGACGAGAGUUUGCCCCAGCUGAAAACGUUGUACAACGACAUCUUCAAACGGAAACCUGGUCAGUUCGUACCGGAUCGUAAAAACAGAAAUUUACUUUUCAACGCUUUCUAUCAAUAUUUCGUUCUGCAAUUUUUCGACGUGAAUUCCAAUUUGACGGUAACGGCUUCGCAAUUGUACGGCAGUGAUGCUGUGUCGGAGAGAUCGAUGAGAUCGUUAUCCGGCGGUAAGCUCAAGACACUGGAAUUUAAUUCCGACCUUUAUGCACCAAAUCAGGUGUUCGAACUGCGCUCAAGCGUAUUCUCAAAGGCUUGGAAGAAAAGCAUUUCAAACGAUGGUUCGUGGCUCAGCAGAACGAUCGCCCGGAUUUUCAAACGGGCAGAUAUGUUGAGCGCGAGUCCAAUGCUGUUCGUGAUGUCUACUAUUUGGGUGCGUGAGCACAACCGAGUGUGCGACGAGUUGUCACAGAAGUCACCGGCGUGGACAGACGAAGAGCUCUACACUACGGCCAGGAAUAUUGUAACCGGUCAAAUGAUGACCAUCAUGAUGAACGAAAUCCUAAAUGUGAAACUCAGACCGGAAGUUUACCACCAUCGAAUGGAAAGCAUCCGUGGUCUUGGCACGCCUAUUGAAUUAUAUUUGACGAUGGCAGUAUCAAGUCUGCCAGAAAACUUGAUAUAUAAUUCAACAAGUUUGAUGCACUUUAGCAACACGAGACAAGUUUUGGAAGGUGGAUUACAAAACGCUAUGGAAUUUAUGGUGAAUUCCAAAAUGGGUGGGGUCACAGCACACAACGAUGGAGCUCCAACGGAAUCAAUGACAAAGGCGCUAAUUACGCUGUCGAGGGAACACUGCUUACAGGGAUUCAACAGCUACAGAAGGCGAUUAGGGCUAAAAGCUUAUAAAAGCAUCGUCGAAAUGACCAGAAACUCGGACACCGCCAUUCCCUUGUUAGAACUCUACCAGACGGUCGAAAAAGUAGAGUUCUUGACCGGCAUGCUGGCGGAAGGAACCAGUUCCCAAGUUUUAUCCACGGCCGAAGUCUUGACAAAUAGCUACAUAAUAAAUGCGAUAUUGACGAACAACCUCACAUCGUUGGACUCGUGGGUGCCAUAUACGUUCGGCGGAGAAGACUGUUUUAAGUUGGUGAAGACGGCCAACUUAAAAUCAUUGGUCUGUAGAAAUAUGGAGUGCGACGGACUAGACAUCCAGCUAUACGCAAAGUAG